AUGACGAACCCUAGGGUCUUCUUCGAUGUCUCCAUCGGCGGUGCUCCCGCCGGUAGGAUUGUGAUGGAGUUGUACGCUGACACAACUCCACGAACCGCCGAGAACUUCCGCGCCCUCUGCACCGGCGAGAAAGGCGUCGGCCGGAGCGGCAAGCCUCUGCACUUCAAAGGCUCAAUCUUCCACAGAGUGAUCCCAAGUUUCAUGUGCCAGGGCGGCGACUUCACCAGGGGCGACGGCACCGGCGGCGAGUCCAUCUACGGUGCCAAGUUCGAGGACGAGAACUUCAUCAAGAAGCACACCGGUCCCGGCAUACUGUCGAUGGCGAACGCCGGUCCUGGAACAAACGGAUCGCAGUUCUUCAUAUGUACGGAUAAGACGGAGUGGCUGGAUGGGAAGCACGUGGUGUUCGGCCAGGUGGUAGAGGGGAUGGAUGUGGUGAAGGCCGUUGAGAAGGUAGGCUCAGGCUCCGGAAGGACCGCCAAGACCGUGAAGAUCGAGGACUGUGGUCAGCUCUCUUGAAAUGCUGUUCCUCAUCCCCUACUCUCUUUACUAUUUCUGCGGUAUUAGCCUGUCUCGUCUAGCCUCUGAGUCCUGGUUGUCACCUUACGUUUCAUGUGUCUGUCCCUGUCGUUUGGUAGGUUGCACAAACCUCCAUAUCUCUAUGUAUUGCAGUGAACUCCUCAAUAAGCUAGUGCAUUUGGUCUACUUGUAACAAAA